AUGGACGAAGAAAUCGCUCGAAAGUUACGAAAUGUUCACAAAACAGUUGACACUUUAAAAAUUUGUCAAAAUGAUCCAUCGGAUGAAAUAACUAAACAAUAUGGUUUUAUAAAAUUUGAUGAAAAUAAACUUGAUGCUACAACGCGUCUUUCACAAUACAUACGAUUAAGUCUGAAUACAAAUGCUGAAACAGUUGUUAAAUUUAUGCAACAAGGUUGGGGUUUAACAAAACCAGACUUAAUUAUAUCUAUAGUUGGUGGAACAACAAGUUUUAAUAUGUUACCAUGUCUUAGAAAAAUUUUUCAAAGUGAUUUAGUUGCUGUUGCUAUUACUACAAAUGCAUGGUUAAUUACAGCUGGAACAAAUGCUGGAGUCGUUAAAGAAGUUGGUGAAGCUCUUAAUAAAUAUCGUUAUAAAAAACGAAAAAAUGGAAUUGAUAUACCUUGUAUCGGUAUUACUAGUUGGGGUUAUACAGCAGGAAAUGAACAAAUUGAUUAUCAACCGACGACUAGCUUUACACAUAGUGAUACUACAAAAAGAACAUAUUCAUUCAGAAAACAUCAUCUAAAUCAAAUAUCAAAUUCGGACAUUGAUGAUCAAUACUUUAUUCGAAAUUAUUCAAUUACAGAAAAACAAAAGACUCGAUGUGAUUUAGAACCAAAUCAUACUCAUUUUUUAUUAUUUGAUGAUGGACAACCAAAUGCUGAUACUGUUCUACCAUUACGAGCAGAAAUCGAAAAAUAUUCUCGAUAUAUCAACAUUGAAACUACUACAGAAGAAAUAAUUGAAUCGCUUAUACCUAUUGUUAUGAUUUUAGUUGAAGGUGAUUCAUCAUCAAUUCGAACAAUUUGUCAAGCACUUAAUUCGAAUACACCGGUUGUAGUUAUCAAGGAAUCAGGUCGUGCUGCUGAUCUUAUUGCUGAAUUAUAUGCAUGUUAUACUGAUGAUGAAAAUAGUAAUACUACUAGCUACUCUACACAAUUAGUAAGGGAUAAUUCAAAAGAAAUCGAGAUUAACAUGAUCUUUGCUAGAGCACAAACUACUAUCACAGGACUUGAUGAAGUUAAAUAUGAAUUGUGUCGAGUGUUAAAUGAACGUAAACAACUAGUAACAAUAUUUAUGUUUAAUAGUAAACGACAUCAUAGAAAUCUUGAAGAUGCUAUUCUAGAAUCUUUAUUUAAUGCUGCAAAAUUUUCCGACGAUUUUAAUGAAGAACAUCGUCGAAGAGUAGAACUUAAAUUAGCUAUAGCUUGGCAUAAAUUUAAUUAUGCACAAAAAUAUCUUCUUACUGAUACGACAAUAUCAAAAUGGAAAGAAGAUGAUCUUUGUCGUGCUCUUGUCGAUGCACUUUAUCGUGGUCAUGUUGAUUUUGUUGAAUUAAUUAUUGAAUAUGGUACAUCACUUGAAAAAUUAACAAAUGGAGAUCUUAAGCAAUUGUAUGCAAUAAGAUUGGCUGGUAAUCGAUUACCACUUGAAAGUAAAAGAAGAAAUGUUUUAUGCACAAGAGAUGAUUUUUAUUCAGAUUAUUUUCAUUUCAUUCUCAAGAAUGCAAACAAGAACAAUAAAUUCUUACUAUUAGAUGAUAAUGUGUCAUUAGGUAAACGUGCUCCACAGGAAUUAUUUUUAUGGGCUAUUUUUCUUAAUCGAUUUGAACUUGCAACAUAUCUUUGUUCCAAAACUUGGAAUUCGUCCAUGGCACCAUUAUUUGCUGCACAAAUCUAUCGACGAGCAGCAAGAUUAGAACUUGAAUCAGAUAUAAAACAACAAUAUGAAGACUAUGCAGAUCAAUUUGAUAGUCAUGCUAUGUCAAUUAUUGAUCGUUGUUUUGAUAAUGAUGAAGAGUUUGCUGUUGAUAUUCUAAAAUAUCCUGCUGUUGCAUUUUAUGAUGUUUACCCAUUACAAUUAGCUCGAAAAGCUAAUUGUGAAUUAUUUCUUGCAUCAAAAUGUGUUCAAAAAUAUCUUGAUCAUCAAUGGUUCGGAUGUAUCAAUUAUAAAAGAAAAGCUAUUGAUUUUCGAGUUUUUCUUUGCUCAUUAUUUUUUCCUUUAAUUCCAAUAUUUUGUAUUUUUCUACCUUAUGUUCAAAAGCAUAAAAACGUUUUAAAGAUGAUUCGACGUACUCAAGAUCAAUCAAAAUUUAGCCAACUAAUGAUGAUGCAUAAUAUUAUUAUUGAACCUGUUCAAUAUAAAAAGAAGAAGAACUAUGUUCAGUGGUCCGAUAGAAUAAAAUAUUUCUAUCAAGCACCUAUUGUACGAUUUUAUUAUUAUGUGAUAUUUUACAUUAUAUUUCUUAUUUUAUUCAGUGAUGUUCUUCUUGUUGAUUAUUUUCCAUUAAAUAUUUAUAAUGAACGUCGAUCUGGUAUUCAAAAUUUACGAAUACCUAUAACUGAAAUAUUUCUUCAUAUUUGUAUUUGGAGUUUAAUUAUUGAGGAAAUUCGUCAAUUUUUAUUUUUGAAUUCCAAAAGAGAAUAUGUAUCAGGAAUAUGGAAUAUCCUUGAUAUUCUCGCGGCUAUUUUAUAUCUUAUCGGUUUUAUUACACGAUUUAUUGUUUAUGAAUCAUUUUUUAUUGUAUCAAAGAUAUUCCUAUGUCUUGAUUUGAUACUUUGGUUUGUUCGUACAUCAGAAGUAUUUGCUGCUUUUGAAAGAUUAGGACCAAAAUUGAUUAUGAUUUUUAAUACGAUGAAAGACUUAUUCUUUUUUAUUUGUUUUAUUCUUAUAUUUUUACUUGGAUAUUCAGUGGCAGCAUGGUCAUUAAUUACUACAGAUAAUCAAGUUUUUUGGAAUUAUAAUAGUGAUGGAUCAUUAUUUAAUGCAACAGUAUUAGGUGAUGCAAGUAAUUUAUGGACAUGGGACUUAUUACGUGAUUUUAUAAAUUUUGGUAUUUGGAAAGUUUUUGGACAAGUAGAUUCAAUAAAUGGUACAGAUGCAUAUUCUGUUGUUGCUUUUGUAUUGACUAUAUUAUUUGUCGGUAUUUCAAAUGUACUUCUUCUUAAUGUACUUAUUGCUUUACUUAAUAUUACAAUUCAAAAUGUUCAAAUGAAAUCUCAUCGAAUAUGGCGAUAUCAACGUUUUUUACUUAUUUCUGACUAUAAUAGAAAGCCACCAUUACCACCACCAUUUAAUACUAUAUAUUAUCUAUAUAUUUUUAUUUGUUAUAUUGUCGAAAAAAUCAAACGUUGUAGUCAAAGACAUCAACACGUUAGUGAUGCAAUGCAACGUGAAAGUGCACUAGCUGAUGACUAUUGGAGUUCUACAUUGAAACAUGGAAAGAAAGAUCAAAUUGACGUUACAAUACAGAAUAUUGAACGAAAAUUUCGUGAUUUACAAGAACAAAUACAUAAUGUGAAUAAUCAAAAUUAUGAUCAGCAAUAUUUUUCAUCUGAUCGUACGAAGUUUUGA